AUGCGGGGGUUUAUUUCCUUCAUCUCGUUGCUUCUCGCGACGAGAGUCUGCAGCUACGUCGUCACCUACAACAAUACCUGCGAAAUCUACCCAGAGUCCCUCCAUCAUGACGGCAAAGAUAUUGACGACGCGCCCUCCAUCCUCCAAGCCUUUGACAUCUGCGGCAAGGACGGCAAUGUUAUUUUCACCAACCACACCUUCAACGUGAACUCUGUACUCAAUACGACGAAUCUUGUCAACUGCGAUGUAUCUCUUCAGGGCGAGCUCAAGUUCUCUACAAACAUCACCUACUGGCGCGAGAACGUCUUCUCUGUCAUCUACCAGAAUCAAUCCACUGCCUGGCUCUUUGGCGGUGAGAAUGUGACACUGCGCGGCGAAGGUGGGUGGAUUAAUGGAAAUGGACAGACGUGGUAUACCUGGAACAAGAACAAGGGAAACCAGUUUGGUCGUCCCAUCAGUAUCACAUUCUUCAACUCUACAAACCUGCUUGCAGAUGGGUUGACUAUUCUCCAGCCGCAGUUCUGGGCGACGCUUGUGUGGCAGAGUCAAAAUGUGUCGUUGACUAAUUUCUUCGUGAAUGCUACAAGUGACGACGAGUGGGACACGACAAACACCGAUGGAUACGACUCCUGGCGCAGCGAUAAUUUACGCAUUGAGAACGCGACCAUCACAAAUGGUGAUGACUGUAUUGCGGCCAAGGGGAAUACUACGAAUCUGCUAGUUCGCAAUGUUACCUGUCACGGUUCUGCCGGUAUCACUGUUGGGUCAAUUGGACAGUAUCCUGACUGGCCAGACUAUGUGCAAAACGUCACAUUUGAUAAUGUCCACUGCCUGGGUUGUGCGGAUGGUGCGUAUAUCAAGACCUGGCAGGGCGUGCCAACAGACCAUGAUUCCAACGGCGAUUCCGGUGGUGGUGGCGGUGGGUUGGUCAAAAACGUGACAUUCAGUAAUUUCGACCUGGAGCACGUUGGACUGCCGAUUCAGAUCUCGCAGUGCAUCUAUUCGGAAUCAGAUUCCAAAAACUGCAAUACCUCCAAGCUGCAGAUUGAGGAUGUCUCAUGGGUAAACUUCACGGGCACAUCUAGGUACAAUAUUGCGGCAAGUCUGUACUGCUCAGAUGAGGUGCCUUGCCCGGGGAUCAAAUUUGACAAUGUAAGUAUCCAGUCUGUUAACGAGACACUUGGCCUUCCGCUGUGGAAUACAACACUGCAGGAUGAGGUGUAUCAGUGCACGAAUCUUGUUGGGCAGAACAGUUCAGGCAUUCCGUGCAACCAUGUCGCGCCGAAUAAUUACUCGCAGACUGUGAGGGAGAAUGUGAAGUGA